UGGUUUCUUUUCCUUGGGGUUGAGUUUAACAACAACAUCGAAGACAACGCGUCACUCUUUUGCUAAAAGAAACGCCAAUAUCAGUAAAACAGUAAAAUCCUUAAAGCAAAAAGUCUUUGCUUAUCGUUUAAUUUUAUCCAGGGACCAGCAAACCGGCGUCGAGUACAGAAAAAUGGGCCGUAUCUUUCUGGACCACAUUGGGGGGACUCGCCUCUUCUCCUGUGCAAACUGUGACACUAUUUUGACAAAUCGAGCUGAACUAAUCUCCACACGCUUCACUGGGGCCACAGGGCGAGCCUUCCUGUUCAACAAGGUGGUGAAUCUGCAGCACAGUGAGGUACAGGACCGGGUCAUGCUCACGGGGAGACACAUGGUGCGCGACGUCAGCUGCAAAAACUGUAACAGCAAACUGGGCUGGAUGUACGAAUUUGCCACAGAGGAGAGCCAGCGCUACAAGGAGGGCCGUGUCAUCUUGGAGAGGGCACUAGUGAGGGAGAGUGAGGGCUUUGAGCAUGUCCCCACUGACAGCUCCUGAGAUGCUUGUGACGACUUCAGUUGGUUAUAAAUUCAAUCCAUGCUUUCACUACCAGAGCAAUGCAUGGGCCUAUACAGUGGCUGCACAAUAUAAGAAGUAGUGCAAUAAUAUGAGUUGAAUUUGAUAUAAUAAGAAUAAGAUAAGAGAACCUUCAUUUGCCCCACAAUGGGGAAAUUAAAUAAUACCAAUAUGGUAAUAUUUGAAUAUACUAUUUUGAGAUCAUAACUCUUAAUGUAUCACUUAGUUUAAAGGAGAAAUAUAAAUCUCUGUAUUACUUUUUCAAAAUAAGUCACAAAAACUGGAUUUAAAGCUUCCAUCUGUAAUUGGAUUGACGACCCAACUCUGUUAUAUUCUCACACUUCACCUCUAGAUGCUGUUUACGUUGCAGUCUGAUUGUGUGCCAGGUUUGGCCUGAGAGAAGUACAUCACAGAGCACAGGUGAACCUGAACAAAGGCCAUCUACUGGUGAAAAAAACAAAAAAUUAUAAUAAUUGUUACUAUAAUAAAUUUAUGUUUGGUCAUGAUACUUUGACAGAAACAUGGUUAUAAACAUGUACAGUCCCUUUGAAGGAGGACCAGAACAUUUUAAGUAUUUCUUUAUAGCUUAAUAGCUUAUUGUUAUAUGAAUGGUGCGCUUGCUGAAAUAUAUUGCACAGCUCUGCAGUAUGCCACACUGGUUUACUGCAACAAAAUAUUGUAAUGGACAGUUUUAUUGAGGAGUAUAGACCCAUUUCUUUAACAAUUUAGCUAAGGCUAAGACUAAAUUGUUACUCUAACACUGAAAUGUGGACGUGGGCACAGUCAGAAAGAAUAAUAAAAUAUAGCUAGGUUCAUGUUGUGUUAGCAUGAAGAAGAGGAGCACAGCAGCUUGUUGCAGUCAGGAGGCAAUGAGUAAAUAUAUAUUAUAUUAACAAUUUCCUUUAUUAUUAUAGUGCUGUACCAGAAUAAUUACGCACCUUGAUUUGUAAUUGUACUUUAUUUAUUUGGAGUUCUGUCAUUUUUAUAUUGAUUCCCUUGUUUGACUGCCUUUACUGUGAUAAUAUUGUGUUUUCAGAUGUAAAUAAAGGUCAAAUAAGUUAAUGGAUAAUUUCUUAUGCAGUGUUAAGUUAUUCAAGUGGGAUGUUCAGUGGUUAUUCAAAAAGGCAUAUGUCACUCACAAUAAAUAAAUUAAAAAAAAAUACAAACCCUGC